CCACCAUGGCAGUCCCACACGACGCUUCGGAAGCCCAAGAAUCCUCCGAAACUUUGUCAACAACAACAACAACAGCAACAGCUUCGGACGUGAUCUACUUUUCGGCGACGGGAAGCGCGGCUCACAAACGUUUGAUUCCUUUAGUACCAGCCAGCUGGAUCGAUGUAAGUCCCUACGCACCGGACGGACCCUCGCCGUCCAUCCGCGAUCGCUGCCGGUCGAGACCGUCCAUGUUGGUCUGUUGGGAAAAUUCUCCACGGAAUGCAACCAAACCAUAUCGAGACAAUUUACAAUGCUACUCGCACUUGCCCAACGGUACGGCGAUUCUCGAUUGCAAGUGGGUGUUGUCCAGACUUUUGGGUAAUGCUCGUCCUCCGGACCCACCAAGACUGUCCCAGAAGCAGCACCAGGAGGAGGAGGAGAAGAAUCAGAAUAUCGACCUGGCAAUACUAGAAACCCACUGUUUUCGGUCUGCUUCCGGCUUUGAAGAUUUCGCCCGAAAGGUUCACCUCAAGCGACCGUCCAACUCAACCAGUGCACGGAUGCAACGGCAUUCAUUUCGAGACUUGUACCCAUCAGUACCUGCGAUGACGAGUGUAGCGCUCCUACCUCCUUCUUGCUCAAACCCUAACUUGUGGGUUGUCAAGGAUGCAUCAGCCAACGGCGCUGGUGGCGUUUGGGUGGUGGGGGCGGCCAAUGCCGAGUCAUUCGCCAGAGAUGGACCCCUGAUCGACACCCACCGUUAUGUGGCACAACGUUAUGUUUGGCCACCAGUUUUGUUCCAAGGCCGCAAAUGUCACGUCCGCGUCUACGCCCUAAUCACCGCUGACGGGAAAGCAUACGUUCACCACCGAGCUUUUCUCCACGUGGCCAACGAACUGUUUUCAACCACCGCGUACGAAAACAACGGCGAGACAGCCUUCGAAGAUGCCGUGCAUAUCACCAACUGUUGCGCCAACAGUCACAAUCCGGAGAAGUUCGCCGGGGAAAUAUGUGCAAGUUUCUUGGCAUCAGAAUGGGAGACCUUGCCUUGCGGACAGGGAGUGGUCCCCUUAGCGGACUACUUUUCCUCGGUCCGUGCCUCGGUAGCAGCUCUGGCAUUACGGACCGCACCUUAUUUACAAGGCGGUGUUGGGAAUCACGGAUUCGAGUAUAUGGGCUUGGAUUUUCUCCUCUCUCAUAGUACAAGCGACGAUGGCAAUGCCAACGAUCGUCCUCUGGCCUAUUUGCUCGAAGUGAACGCCCCUCCCUCGCAAGACACUGCGACUGGGCUACCCCACGCGGAAGACUUGCAUGAUGAGGUUCUUCGAGAUUUGCUUUCGCUCUGGAUUAUUCCUUACGUGACUCAUGUUCCGUCAGUUCCUGGAGGAUGGCAAUGCGUGUACGAAACUCCCUUGUCAUUUGAGGAAAAGGACGCGCCCACACCGUCGGAAGCCGCCAUCCUCAACAAAAUUCGUUGGGCCUUGUACGAGCGCAAAUUACUUGCUCAGGAAGAACAGUUUAAUUCCAAUUUGGCUUCGGACGAUUUUAUUUCCCGGGCUCGACAGUGCUUUCCCUAUUUUGCCAACACUUCAACCGUAUAUUUCGAAAACGCCGGUGGCACCCAAGUUCCCCAGCCGGUUAUUGCUCACGUGUCGGCUAGUCUUCGACACCGAAAUCGGGCUACCUCAGGUGCAAAAUGCAAGGAAGUAGCCAGGCAGACUCUGGGCACGAUACUCGGCGCCGGCUCCAAGUACGACGUCUUCCUCGGUAGCAACGCAACCUCUUUAUUACAAUCGCUGGCGACUUAUUUCGUGCAUACCAAAACCCUCCAGGCCGGAGACGAAAUUGUUAUUAGUACGGAGAAUCAUCGGGCGAAUAUCCAGCCAUGGGUUGACGUGGCCAUCAUGAUAGGUGUGACGGUAAAAUGGUGGACAGCGGUCGGUACACAACAAAACUCGAGCGAUGGUCGAUCAUCGCGUCACAUUCGCGACCUUUUUAUCCUGUCACAAACUAUUCGGACCGCAUUUAGGAGCCCUAUGUGGCCGAAGAGAGACUUGCGUAGCACAUCAGUCGUUGGAUACAAUGCAACGCUGCCUCGAAAGUGGCACCACCUUGGAUACCGCCGCGGGGCCGCCAGCAUUAACCGAGAGUUUGGUCCGGCGAGCAUACGAUCAGAUACAAGCAGUCGAGCAACCCCUAUCACGCUUGCUCCUUCAUGCCGUAGCCCAGUGGUCCAAGGUGCGCUUGGUGACUGGAGAUCAUGGUACCGGAACGGUAUUACGUCUACCACUAGUAGCCAUUCUCCACCAGACGAUUUGCAGUAG